GGCCUUAUGAUUGUUCACCGCACCAACACAAUUUGGAUCUGCUGAUAUACCGGCUGACUCCUUCUGGAACGAUUACCGUGCUCGUCUGUAAGGUGCUCUUCAAUUAAGAAGAUCUGCCUAGCAUCGAAUUUCACGCAACACAGCAAACUCUCUACGAUAUCCAAGCACGUGCCGCCUGUUUGGAUCCGUCUCUUAUUCUGUCCUUGCGUACCAUUGGCCACCGUCACCCUUAGGAGACACUUUGUCGACCACUUCGCCUCUACUUCCCAGCCAGACACCUCCCGAAUUAGCUGAAGACCGUAUCGAAACGAAAGGCAUUGUAAAUUUGCGCGAAAUUUUUGACACUUGCACCGUUUACAGAUAGGAUGAGCGCAUCAUCCGAAGCAAAUCUACGGUAUGCCCAGGGACCGCAUGAAGUGGAAUUGGGUCGACAAGAAAGCUAUCGCAUCCACAGAGACCUCAUACGCGAGAUCAUCGCCAACGACCACUUCGGUGGUGGUGAAGAGCAGGUGCCUGCAGGAACCGUCGAUCAAUGGGUUGCUGCGAUAGAGCCUGGAAGUCAAGUUCCAUUACCUCUCAACAUCAAGGGAUUUUACGGCGGCAGUCUUAGAGCUAGUAUCCCGAUCGAGGUUGCCCGCGGCUCAUACAAGCACAUCAUCUAUGAGACAGGAAACAAGGCGAAAGUGGAUAAGUACGCGCGCCGCAUGCUCAUCGCACUAUCUGUGCUCGACGUCGAUGAUCUUGCGCAGCGGGAACCGGUGCUUGGUGCCGCUGCAUUGUGGCACGUAGCGUUGGCGCAGGUUCGCUUGCCUGAGUUUAGUGAGGCUUUGGGAUCGACGCUACGGAGGUAUGAGGCGGUGCGUCCCAAGGUGAAUCUGACAGACUCCAAGAUGCCUCAAGCUGCUCGUUUGAAGACACGUCUGAUGUCAGUCGCCCAAGAACUCGACAAUGAAGCCGCUUUAGCAACACUCAAUUCAUGGCUUCGCGACUCUUAAGUCCCCGCUCCCUGACAUCGUUUCUUGACGGAGGUACUUCCUCUCGAUCCCACGGAUCUCAUUGUCACCCUGUAAAUCGAUACCAUCCUUCACAUUCGCGAUAUCUCCCUCUACCCCAGCUAUCCCACCAUCUUCCAAAAAUUUAGGAAUGUCCUCCGCAUUCCGU